UGGAGCAGGACCGCACCCUGGGCCGCCAGGAGCCCCAGUGGAAGGAGUUCCGCUUUGACCUCACCCAGAUCCCGGUGGGGGAGGCCGUCACGGCCGCGGAGUUCCGGAUUUACAAGCUGCCCAGUACCCACCUGCUCAACUGGACCCUCCACAUCAGCAUGUUCGAGGUGGUCCUGGAGCAGUCCAACAGGGAGUCUGACUUGUUCUUUUUGGAUCUUCAGACGCUCCGAUCUGGGGACGAGGGCUGGCUGGUGUUGGACGUGACAGCAGCCAGUGACCGCUGGCUCUUGAACCGUAGCAAGGACCUGGGACUCCGCCUCUAUGUGGAAACAGAUGAUGGUAAGACUCGGGCCAGCAGCGAACCGUCCCCUGGGGGCUCCUCCGAGGAAGCUGCUGGCAGCCGGCGCAGCUAG